AUGUAUGUAAUGUGAGUAACAGUCGUCUGUGUGUCAGCGUCUACACCGUCUGCUGCACUGUCACGAAGAGCAAACUGGAUUUGGCCAGCUUGGCUAUGAAUUUCUUUAUGUUUGACAUUACCAACACUUGAGUGAUUUUACCAGGCAGUAUCCAUUGGCUACUACUCCCGGUAUGUGUAGGUAGGGCAUGUCUACAGUGCCAGAGGAUGGCAUCAAUAUUAGGAUUACUGGCAUGGAUCUGUUUGACCUCAGGGGUGGGUAUGUCUGUCUGUCUGUCUGUCUGAGACUGUAUAAAUGAGAAAAUAGGGAACAUUUAUUAGACAGAUAACAGAGAGAAUAAAAAAAAUAGUAAGUUAGACUGUUGGUUUGCGUCUCAUCCACUGUGUGUCUACGGCAGCACAGUCUGUAUUAGAUAGCCUUGUAGUGUCAGUGUGUGACUGGAAAGGAAAGAUUGGGAGACAGACUGAGAGAUGACUCCCAUUAACACCUCGUUCUCCUUUUCUCCUCUCACUCUCUUCUCAGGCUCAUACAUCCCCAGCUGAGGAUCCCACACCGACGGCAACCCUUCCAUGGCCAAAGACUGACCAGAACCACAUUUGGUAAUAGAACACUUGUCAGAGCCAUAGUAAACCAUACUCACGAUGACCCAUAUACUGACGUGAUGAAGGAGAGAUGGACAAAUAUCCAACACUUCCCCUCCUUACUGGCACUAGAGAAGGACUUUCCAGAACAGACUAAUAUCUCUAGCACAGAAUUAAGAAACACUGGAGCAUAAGCUACCCCAUAUAUUGCCCUCAGUCUAUGGGCCCAGCUAGGCUUCUCAUCACAGUCCAUCUUGGAACAGAUGAAGCUGAUGUAAAUAUUGACAUUGUGUGGCUGCCUGUCCUCAUCUGACCUGUACUAAGAGAGAGAGAAGAGAAAGUUCUGGGAGCUCAUCAACUGGCGGUGACCUUCUUUGACUCCUCAACUGGCGGUGACCUCAGAGCUGCCGUAGGGGCAGAGUUGGUUGUGAGGCAGCUGUCUGCUGCGGUUGACAUACAACCAACAGUCUGACUUUCUCUUCUUUUACUCCCUCUGUUUGUUCUCUUGUUGUAGCUACACCUCUUUCUCUCUCGGUCAAAGGGUUCAGAUAGGAGUGCUGGCAUAAACACAUUCCGAGGGAAGACACACUCGCUCACUCACUGGAGGCCUGAGUCAAUGCUCGCUCACUCACUGGAGGCCUGAGUCAACGCUCGCUAACUCACUGGAGGCCUGAGUCAACGCUCGCUCACUCACUGGAGGCCUGAAUCAAAGCUCGCUAACUCACUGGAGGCCUGAGUCAACGCUCGCUAACUCACUGGAGGCCUGAGUCAACACUCUCUCACUCACUGGAGGCUUGAGUCAACGCUCGCUCACUCACUGGAGGCCUAAGUCAACGCUCGCUAACUCACUGGAGGCUUGAGUCAACACUCGCUCACUCACUGGAGGCCUGAGUCAGACUACGCCACUGAGCAAGAAGUGUGUGUGUCAGUGACUGCCAUGUCUGUCCGUCCGUCUGUCUGUCCCUGUGAAUAAGUGUGAGUGACAUCAUGUAUGUAAUGGUUACCGGUGUCUGUCUGUCUGUGUGAAUGAGUGAGUGACAUCACGUGACAUAACGUGUGUGUAUAUAUCAGCAUCUAACGUUACGAGUCAAGUCCACUGUGUGUGUGAGUCAAGUCCACUGUGUGUGUGAGUCAAGUCCACUGUGUGUGUGAGUCAAGUCCACUGUGUGUGUGUGAGUCAAGUCCACUGUGUGUGAGUCAAGUCCACUGUGUGUGUGAGUCAAGUCCACUGUGUGUGUGAGUCAAGUCCACUGUGUGUGUGAGUCAAGUCCACUGUGUGUGUCAAGUCCACUGUGCAUGUCAAGUCCACUGUCUGUGUCAAGUCCAUUGUGUUUGUCUCUCUCCAUAAAGCCACCAUGGGCUGUGCCAUGUGUUCCCAGUUGAUUGACAUGUGGAGCGUGUCGGUGAGGAUAACCAGACGCAGGGCCAUGGAACUGUCUGCCCUCCCCGAGGUGCUCCAGGGGGGCUACCACAGAGUCACCAGCCUCCACUACAUGUCCUCCUUCUCCGAUGCAGAGGACUGCUGCGAUGACAACAGUCACAACAGCACUACCGGCAGCUCCUUCACCAUGGACUGGCAAGAGACGGAUGACUGACCCUGGGGCGGCAGGUAGCCUAGAGGUUAGAGAGGCGGGCCAGAAACCGGACAGUCGCUAGUUCAAAUGUGCCCUUGAGCAAAGCACUUAACCCCCAAAUCUGCUCCAUGGUUACUGCACUGUGGCUGACCCUGGCUUCCAACCCCUCGGGCAUGUGUGUGGGGGGUAGGGUUGGAAGUAAAAUAUGAAUUUCUGUAAUCUGCGAAGAAAAUGGCAAAACGUAAACCCGACAUAAGCACGUUGGCUAAUCCUCUCUGUGUGUAUGUGAGUGAUUAAAAUGUCCGUCAUUGAUCAACAUUGUAUUUAUUAUUUCUCAUCUGUAUUAUUUUAUCGUUUGUUUGUUCUUUUUUACUAUAGGGUGAAUUAGAAAGCCUUUCUCAGAACUCUCAAAACAUCCCACAAUGAUGUGGCCCUAUCGUCAAGACUCACACUCACCUUGUCAAUACAGCCAGGAGUUUGUUCUGACUACGGACCUGACCAGGAAAAUAUAGCCUAUAACCAGGGUUGUAGAGAAACAUGUAAUCAAUUACAUCUAAUCUGAUUACAAAAAACUGUAACUGUAAUCAGUUACGUUACCAGCAAAACAUUUGGACAUGUAACUAGUAACUGUAAUGGAUUACAUUUAGAAAGUAACCUACCCAACCUUGCCUAUAACUAGCACCUGGAGUUUUUCCUGGUCAGUUCAAGUGAAACACUCUGGGCCCUAAUCAUAAUGUAUCAAUCUACAAUAAAUCUAACAUUGAAAUGCUGUCACUGUCUUAUUAUAGCUUACUUACUACCAUAGCUUGUUUAUACAGUCCUGUGUAAGAAUUUGUAUUAAGUAUCUUCCAGUGUGUCAGUCUGAACACACUGCUUAGGAAUGCCUUGACGUUGGUCUGUUAAAAUGUGGGUGAGGGGAAAAGCUGUUGUGCAUUAUACAACACCAGCCCCUAUUUUGGCAAAGACGUGGACAGACGCUGUGCAGCUACGCACAUAACUCUGUCCUGUAGGAGUCUCUCACCAGGGUGAGAUCAAGUAGCCUGGUUAAACUACGCUGUGCUCACCAUUGUUUUACUUCACAUGAGAGCAGCGUUUAGUGUUGUUUAAUAACCAGGCUAGAGAUUCAGAGCCAGAGAACAGAGAAAACCAACUCCUUUCAUGGAUAGGAACAUUUUGUUCUCAUAAAAGAAUGAUGAAGCGUACUAAUUGCCAACAGUAGCAUCAUGAACAUAAUCCAGAAGUUGUGCCUUGACCACUAAUGUCUGUAUGGUCCUGUGUGGCUCAGUUGGUAAGAACUUGGUGAUAGCAAUACCAUGGUUGUGAGGGUAUUGGGACAGAUUUAAGGUGUACUGAAAAAUUCAUCCUGAGGCAUUCUGAAACAUGACAUGGUGUGUUGUAACACCACAGAGUCAGGAGUUGUGCAACAACUUGCCAGAGACUGGGAGCACUAACCCAGAAAAUAUUUAAAACACUGUACAGUGGGGGAAAAAAGUAUUUAGUCAGCCACCAAUUGUGCAAGUUCUCCCACUUAAAAAGAUGAGAGAGGCCUGUAAUUUUCAUCAUAGGUACACGUCAACUAUGACAGACAAAAUGAGAAAAAAAAUUCCAGAAAAUCACAUUGUAGGAUUUUUAAUGAAUUUAUUUGCAAAUUAUGGUGGAAAAUAAGUAUUUGGUCAAUAACAAAAGUUUCUCAAUACUUUGUUAUAUACCCUUUGUUGGCAAUGACACAGGUCAAAUGUUUUCUGUAAGUCUUCACAAGGUUUUCACACACUGUUGCUGGUAUUUUGGCCCAUUCCUCCAUGCAGAUCUCCUCUAGAGCAGUGAUGUUUUGGGGCUGUCGCUGGGCAACACGGACUUUCAGCUCCCUCCAAAGAUUUUCAAUGGGGUUGAGAUCUGGAGACGGGCUAGGCCACUCCAGGACCUUGAAAUGCUUCUUACGAAGCCACUCCUUCGUUGCCGGGGCGGUGUGUUUGGGAUCAUUGUCAUGCUGAAAGACCCAGCCACGUUUCAUCUUCAAUGCCCUUGCUGAUGGAAGGAGGUUUUCACUCAAAAUCUCACGAUACAUGGCCCCAUUCAUUCUUUCCUUUACACGGAUCAGUCGUCCUGGUCCCUUUGCAGAAAAACAGCCCCAAAGCAUGAUGUUUCCACCCCCAUGCUUCACAGUAGGUAUGGUGUUCUUUGGAUGCAACUCAGCAUUCUUUGUCCUCCAAACACGACGAGUUGAGUUUUGACCAAAAAGUUCUAUUUUGGUUUCAUCUGACCAUAUGACAUUCUCCCAAUCCUCUUCUGGAUCAUCCAAAUGCACUCUAGCAAACUUCAGACGGGCCUGGACAUGUACUGGCUUAAGCAGGGGACACGUCUGACACUGCAGGAUUUGAGUCCCUGGCGGCAUUUUGACCCCACGGGGUGAGAUCUUGCGUGGAGCCCCAGAUCGAGGGAGAUUAUCAGUGGUCUUGUAUGUCUUCCAUUUCCUAAUAAUUGCUCCCACAGAUGAUUUCUUCAAACCAAGCUGCUUACCUAUUGCAGAUUCAGUCUUCCCAGCCUGGUGCAGGUCUACAAUUUUGUUUCUGGUGUCCUUUGACAGCUCUUUGGUCUUGGCCAUAGUGGAGUUUGGAGUGUGACUGUUUGAGGUUGUGGACAGGUGUCUUUUAUACUGAUAACAAGUUCAAACAGGUGCCAUUAAUACAGGUAACGAGUGGAGGACAGAGGAGCCUCUUAAAGAAGAAGUUACAGGUCUGUGAGAGCCAGAAAUCUUGCUUGUUUGUAUGUGACCAAAUACUUAUUUUCCACCACAAUUUGCAAAUAAAUUCAUUAAAAAUCCUACAAUGUGAUUUUCUGAAUUCUAUUUUCUCAUUUUGUCUGUCAUAGUUGACGUGUACCUAUGAUGAAAAUUACAGGCCUCUCUCAUAUUUUUAAGUGGGAGAACUUGCACAAUUGAUGGCUGACUAAAUACUUUUUUCCCCCACUGUAUGGUGUUUCAAGUCCUGCAUAGUACAGAAUUAGAUCCCUUCUCUUUUGGUGUUGUUUCCUCUCUCUAAAGCUACUAAACACUAUGAUGGUGUUUCAAAUCCUGUCUAGUGCAGAAUUAGUUCCCUACUUUUGGAGUUUCCAAAUACUGUAAAUGAGAGUCCCCCCCCUCUUAUUGUAUAUUCCCUGCUCUUAUAUGGUCUUUAUAAACUCCUCAUUGGUAAUUCCAAAAGGUCAAAUGUAUAGUUUUCUCAAACAAAGGACACAAGAAAAUAUAGUUUUGUGAAAACACAAAUUAAUAAUUUCGUCCAGGAUAAUAAUGAAUGAGUACAAAAUUACUUUUUCAAGACAGGAUUUAGAAGCUUCAAAUUAUUUUUAUUUUAUUUAUCAAAUUACAAAACAUUAACAGGUCUUUCACAUUUGUAUUGAUAAAGUAAGAGUUCAAAGAUCUGUAAGUUAGUUAUCAUAUUUAUAUUCUUCAAAAUCAACAGAAAUAUGGCAUAUUUCACAUUCCUGGAAAAUAAAUAUAGGCAAUGACUGCUAAUGUUAGCAGUAGCACUUAUACAAAACUUGUUAGCAGUAGCACUUAUACAAACUUCAGCCCAGGGCUCAAUACGAUCUACCAGUCAUCCAUUACGCUAAUGAAUUUAAACUGAGUCUUUAUAUUCAGAUGAUGACAUGACAGGUUGCUCAGAUGGAUUGAAUCACAGUACAGUUGAGUUAGAUGAUAUGAUUGACAGGUGACAGUUCAGUUGGCAUUAGUCUGUGAUUCUUGUCUUGAUUGGCUUUGGUUAGGAUUGACCAGCCGAUGGGUAACGUAGUAUGUAUGCAUGUUUUUUUGCAGAGAGACAGAGAUAUAGCAAAUAAUAACAAGCAAUAAUGAUAGUACGAAUGCAUAAUUAGGUUAUCAAAUGCUGUAAUAUUAAGGGAAACCCAGCCAAGAGCUGCCCAGUGACCCAGACGAGCUAAAUGCCCCCUAUGCUCGCUUAGAGGCAAGCAACACUGAACCAUGCAUGAGAGCACCAGCUGUUCGGGAUGAUUGUGUGAUCACGCUCUCUCUGUUGCCGAUGUGAGUAAGACCUUUAAACAGGUUAACAUUCACAAGGCCGCGGGCCAGACGGAUACUCUGAGUAUGCGCUGACCAGCUGGAAAGUGUCUUCACUGACAUUUUCAACCUCUCCCUGACCCAGUCUGUAAUACCUACAUGACCAACAUAGUCCCUGUGCCCAAGAACGCCAAGGUUACCUGUCUAAAUGACUACCUCCUCGUAGCCCUGCACAUUGACUCGGUACUGGUACUCCUUAACCGUGGGAAGUAGGGGUGCUGAGGGUGCUGCAGCACCCCCUGAAAAAUAAAAAAGAAAGGAAGAAAGAAAGAAAGACAUCUAAAAAUAUACACUACCGUUCAAAAGUUUGGGGUCACUUAGCAAUUUUUUUGUCCAUUAAAAGAACAUUAACUUGAUCAGAAAUACAGUGUAGACAUUGUUAAUGUUUAUGUAAAUGGCUAUUGUAGCUGUCAACGGCUGAUUUUUAAUGGAAUAUAUACAUAGGCGUACAGAGGCCCAUUAUCAGCAACCAUCAGUCCUGUGUUCCAAUGGCACGUUGUGUUUGUUAAUCCAAGUUUAUCAUUUUAAAAGGCUAAUUGAUCAUUAGAAAACCCUUUUGCAAUUAUGUUAGCACAGCUGGAAACUGUUGUGCUGAUUAAAGAAGCAAUAAAACUGGCCUUCUUGAAAUUAGUUGAGUAUCUGGAGCAUAGUACCCGCAAAACACCAGUCUCAACGUCAACAGUGAAGAGGCGACUCCGGGAUGCUGACCUAGGCAGAGUUGCAAAGAAAAAGCCAUAUCUCAGACUGGCCAAUAAAAAUAAAAGAUGGGCAAAAGAACACAGACACUGGACUUUUUCUUUGCAACUCUGCCUAGAAGGUCAGCAUCCCGGAGUCGCCUCUUCACUGUUGACGUUGAGACUGGUGUUUUGCGGGUACUAUUUAAUGAAGCUGCCAGUUGAGGACCUGUGAGGCGUCUGUUUCUCAAACUAGACACUCUUAAUGUAUUUGUCCUCUUGCUCAGUUGUGCACCGGGGCCUCCCACUCCUCUUUUUAUUCUGGUUAGAGACAGUUUGCGUUGUUCUGUGAAGGGAGUAGUACACAACGUUGUACGAGAUCUUCAGUUUCUUGGCAAUUACUUGCAUGGAAUAGCCUUCAUUUCUCAGAACAAGAAUAGACUGACGCGUUUUAGAAUAGUUAUUUGUUUCCAGCCAUUUUGAGCCUGUAAUUGAACCCACACUUGCUGAUGCUCCAGAUACUCAACUAGUCUCAAGAAGGCCAGUUUUAUUGCUUCUAUAAUCAGCACAACAGUUUUCAGCUGUGCUAACAUGAUUGCAAAAGGGUUUUCUAAUGAUCAAUUAGCCUUUUAAAAUGAUAAACUUGGAUUAGCAAACACAACGUGCUAUUGGAACACAGGACUGAUGGUUGCUGAUAAUGGGCCUCUGUACGCCUAUGUAGAUAUUCCAUUAAAAAUCAGCCGUUGACAGCUACAAUAGCCAUUUACAACAUUAACAAUGUCUACACUGUAUUUCUGAUCAAUUUGAUGUUAUUUUAAUGGACCAAAAAAAAUGAUUUUCUUACCAAAACAAGGACAUUUCUAAGUGAACCCAAACGUUUGAACGGUAGUGUAUAUCACAAAAGUAGUGCACUGGGCCUUUACUAGUCCUGUAUUAGCGGACUGAUAUAGCCAUCUGUAACGUGGCAACCCGUCUGUAGUCCCGGCAAAAAAUUCAGCACCACCUCAGUUUGAAAUUAACUGCUGGACUGAGGGACCUUACAGAUAAUUUGUGGGGUACAGAGAUGAGGUAUUCAUUCAAAAAUCAUGUUAAACUAUUAUUGGACACAGAGUGUCCUGAACUUAUUUAGGCUUGCCAUAACAAAGGGGUUGAAUACUUAUUGACUCAAGACAUUUCAGCUUUUCAUUUGUAAUUAAUUUAAUUUGCAAAAUAGAAAAACUAACAUUAUUCCACUUUGACAUUAUGGGUUAUAGUGACAUAUCUACAUUUAAUCAAUUCAGGCUGGAACACAACACAAUUUGGAAAAAGUCAAGUGGUGUGAAUACUUUCUGAAGGCACUGUAGCCUCGUUAUUGUUAUUUUAUUUUUGUUACUAUUUCCUUGAUAAUGAUUUUUUAAUGACUUUAAAAAUAUAAAAAAUUACUCUGCAUUGUUUGGAAUGUAAGUAAGCAUUUAAAAGGAAAGUCUACACUUGUAUUCGGCACAUAACAUUUUAUUUUAUUUUAAAACUGAUUAAUUAAUCAAAAUGGCUGUUUGAUUUAUUCUAUUAGCGGACGAAAUUCCAAUGUUCUUAUUGGGUGAAUUCCUUUUUCUGUUUCCUUCUUCAAUGUCAUAAAGGGAAAGGUAAAGGGGAUACCUAGUCAGUUGUACAACUGAAUGUAUUCAACUGAAAUGUGUCUUCAGCAUUUAGCCCAACCCCUCUAAAUCAGAGAGGUGCAGGGGGCUGCCUUAAUCGACAUCCACAUCAUCGGCGCCCGGGGAACAGUGGGUUAACUGCCUUGCUCAGGGGCGGAACGACAGAUUUUUACCUUGUCAGCUCAGGGAUUCGAUCCAGCAACCUUUUGGUUACUGGCCCAACGCUCCUGCCCACCAGCAUAACAUUUUGUACUCACGUUUUCAUUGACACAUACUUUCAUGGUCAGUGCUAUCUGAGAUCCUUGGGACGUCCCUACCCUAAACCCUAACCUUAACCCCUACCCUAACCAUAACCCUUACCUAACCCUUACCUUAACCAUUUUCAAUUUAAACUUCAAUGGGGUAGGGCCAUCCCAAGGAUCCCAGAUAGCACGGAUCCAUACUUUCUUGGAUUGUUUUGGAGAGUUUUAUCUGCACGUUUGGUGUGCUCUCGCCUGUCUGAGUUUGUGAAGGACCCGAAUACAAGGGAGGCUUUCAAACUUGCCUGUUUUUAUACUUGACCAUAGAGUUUGCUAGAGGGCGUACCUGCCAUGAAUGCCCUCUCUCCACCUCAAGGCCACAGACUGGGUGAAUUCUGAACAGUACGGCAGCACAAUGUUUGAAGUACACAUUUUGCUUCUGAUAUUGGGGCCCAAGUUCCUCACGUGGUACCUGGCUGUGUGGUUGAGUGGGUAAAAUUCCAAAGAAAUGGCUCCCAUCUUACUGCCCCAGCAGUUGGUUGUUUAUUUCCCACUUCCACCUCUCCAACUUUCACUCCUUCUCUGUCUCCUCCUGUUUCUAAUAAGCAAAGCACAUAAAAAAAUAAAGAUGUAAAUUCACGUAAAAGUAUUCUCUAUAGGUCCUUUUCAGACUUAAGAUAACCCGCUGGGCACAGAUGUCUAUUACACAUUGGUUUAAUGUAAUUUCAUUGAAAUUACGUGGAAACAACGUUGAUUAAAACAGUGUGUUCCCAGUGGGAAGUUGAUCUAACAUGGACUUUAGUCCAUGUUUUAUUAAGUCCAUGUUAAGUCUACUUAUCUCUAGUCUGAAUUGGGCCCCAUGUGCUCAGUGUAACAAGGGUGGUUCAGCAUAACCAUUUAGUCCUGAAGACUGGCAGAGUGCGCUAAGGCACUGUUUUGACAAGCAUGAGACCCGUGUUCACGUCCACCUUCUGUCCUUCUCACAUGAAUACCAGUGAUGAGGGCCCACUUUACACGUUACCUCUUGUUACCUCUGCUAUCUUACAUAGCCCUAAACAUUUGGAUUGAACAUUUGAACAUUGUUUAUGAUGUCACAAUGGGCCUGGCAACUGUAGCCUGUAAUAAGUGCCGAAGUCUACCCUAGAAAAAAAAGAAAAUCCGGUGUCUUCUUUAAAAUGUUAAUCAAGGCCUCCCGAGUGGUGCAGCGGUCUAAGGCACUGCAUCACGGUGUUGCGCCGUCACUACAGCCUGGGGUUCGAUCCCAGGCUGUUUCAUAACCGGCCGUGACCGGGAGUCCCAUAGGGUGGCCACAAUUUGUCCGGGUUAUGGGAGGGUUUGGCUGGGGGGGCUUUACUUGGCUCAUUGCACUCUAGCAAUUCCUUGUGGCGGGCCUGACACCUGCAGGCUGACUUCGGUCGUCAGUUGAACAGUGUUUCCUCCGACACAUUGGUGCAGCUGGCUUCCGGGUUAAGCAGGCGGGUGUUAAGAAGCGCAGCUUGGCUGGUCAUGUUUCGGAGGACGCAUGACUCAACCAUCGCCUCUCCUGAGCCUGUUGGGGGGUUGCAGUGAUGAGACAAGAUCGUAAUCAUGAAAAGGGGGGUUAAAAAUAUAUAUAUAGUUCAUAAAAAUAUUUACUGAAAAUCAGCAUCAAUCAAUAUUUAUGCUAUAAAGCAUUUGAUUGUAUGAGAGAGACAGUCUGCCAAAACAUUAUUUUUGUAUUUGGUGCUGCCUUUUACAUGCACUGAAACACCAGAAAGUGUUUUCACAACACUCUCUUAAAAACACAAUUAUUCAGAUUGCAGAACCACUUUGGGUGUUUCAGAGUACUUCCAUUCUGUUUUGAAAUACAUUCAGUGUGUCAUAACACUUACAUUGGGUUUACAUUCAAACACCCUCUAAACACUAGAUCUCAGUUUAGGUGCACUACUUUUCAGGGUUUCACUACACAAUGAUUGUGUUUUGAGUCUUUCUAUUUUAACAGUGAAGGACUUUAGAGCCCUUCAUGACAGGAGAGACAGUCACCAUGAAAUGCAACAAGUUAUUCUGCCAAAAUAAAUUAGAGAGCUUUAGUGUUGACAAGUUUGACAUUUCUGGUAAACACCAGUCUAUUAACACUGACAUCAUUUGGAUGUCUGCGUUGUGAUGAUUGUACACACGGCUGUGUUAGUGUUAUGAUGUGGAGGACAUCUGUGUCUGUAUAUUUUAUAUUUCUGUCAGGGUCUCUGGUGCUGAUGACAAUCUGGGAAGGAUGGUGAGAAGACUAUGGUCAUCUCCGUGUUUCUCCGUAGGUGCUGAAGAUGAAGAGAGCGUAGGAGAGAGAGCGAGAGUGUGCAGGCGCGUAGCUGUAGAGACUCUUAGUAUCGUUACUCUGCUCUAUCUCUAUCUUCUCUAUCAUCUCUCUCUCUCUCUCUCUUCUCUCUCUCUCUCUCUCUCUCUCUCUCUCUCAUUGUCAACCCAGGGUUUCUGGAGGACAUUUUAGUUCAUGCUGGACAGCUUUUCUGGCAGCAUGAAGUUGCUGGUUCAAGUCCCGCUCCUGCUGUUUCCCCGCCCUCUUUCGCUACUAACACAAGUAAUGUCCAGCAGAGAUAGGCCCAGUAGUAGACUGGGAACGAAAUUAGCCUCUGGCAUUUCAGCCACACUAGCCCACUACUGCUGUACCAUGCCGGUCCCAGCACCCCAUCAUGAGCUUAGUUCAACUGUCGUACCCCAUCAGGACCCAAAAUAUAAGCUUGUUUUACUCCAUUGUUUGUAAACAAUGUCAGUGUAAACAAACACUGUAUAGCCUCAAAACAUAGCUAGAGUCCUUAAUUGAAACAAUAACACAGCUGAGGGAUGGGCCUGGAAAAAUGUAACCACUCUCAAACUCAUAGACAGAGCUAUGGAUGCAAGAAUUGACCAUCCAUGAUAUCAAAAUUAUUUAACUAUGUUUUGAGGCUAUACAGUCUUUGUUAACAUUUACAUUGUUUACAAACAUGGGAGUAAAACAAGCUUAUAUUUUGGGCUCUGAUGGGGUCCGACAGUUGAACUAAGCUCAUUAGUCAUUUUUAAGUUCUAUUCUUCAAGAAUCAAUGGGUAUAACAAUAAGUCCAAAACUGGAUGUAACAAUUGCAGACUGCCCUUUUAAACUGUCUGUGCGCCUAGAAUCACCUUCUUUGGUCCUCACCAUCCAUAUUUGACUGGGCUCAUUUAGCCUAUCAAAGGCGGCACAAAGAAAACUAGUUUGUUCUAGAUUAGUAUUUUACAUGUAUUGAAUUCAAUAUAGAUCAGGCAGCCCCCACGUUUCACUGCUGCCUUUUUAAAGGGCUGCCGAAACGUCCCUUAGUCCUUAUCCCAGGCACCUAUCCCGGCAACAGCAGGCCUAGCUAUCCAGUACUAUUCCAUUCUAAAUCCGUCCCUGAUUAGAAGGAAACAGUGGCGAUUUUAGGAUGUAAAUCUUGGUUGGGCAAACUAAAAAUAUAUAUUUUUAGAUGCAUGCAAGCAAAGGCACUACACAACACAACACUAAACACUACAUGAAUUGCACUAUAACGGUGACAAACGGUGCCCACAAACUGUUCGGGCCUACAUAAAGCUGUCCCAACAGCAGAGUCCCAACAGCAGUCCCAACAACUUACCACUGCUACACCUGGCUAUCAGCGGAGCCUUGUCUGGCAACGAAACAGUUCAUUCAGCCUCAUUUACUGCCUUUAAAAAAAACAUAGCUGAUAUGGCUGACUUGCUUAAACAAAUGUGGUUUCUACUGACAAUUGAGAUGUACAAACUAUGGCCUAAGGGGACCACGAGCAGAUAAGAGGCAAUCCGUAAUUUCGAUUAAGACAUUAAUGAGCGAGCUAGGAAGGAUGUAGUCAAUAUAACUAUUUGUUCAGCACUUUUGAAAUGUACAGCGACAGAAUUCAGAACAUGGGCCGUUCUUACAGUAUUCUCCCUGUACACCAAGUCAGAACCGUAGGAUAAAUAAAGGGGGCAUAUAAGCAGACAAUAAAAGCUCUUACAAUAUUCAAUGAUGACAUUUCUCUAAAACAAGCUAUAGGCUACAUGUGCACCACCAAGUCAGAACAGUAGGCGAAAUUAAGAGGCGAAAAGGGACCAAAUUAUUAGGGUGAGGCACAUGGGCUACUAACGGCUUACUACACAACAUACACUUAGUAUUACUUUCUUAGCUACAGUAUACAUAUGUCCCUGGCAUAUUACAUCAUUUAUGCAGCAGCAUACAAGACAUCUUUGGGCUCACCUUGUUGUGCUGUGCUCAUUUGAACAGGAAGUGGCGCGGCAGUCCUUCGUGGGCAAAUUUUGUCAUCAAAGUCUGGCAUUCUCUGGAUUUAUGGUGCUUUCAAGACAACUGGUAACUCAGAAAAAAACAAGGUUGAAUCAUGAUGACAUCAGUGAUCUUCAGAUCGUAGCUCUAGAAAGAGGCCCGAGUUCCCGAUUUGCAAUUCCGAGUUGGAUGACAGUUUAAAAUGUAUUUUCCCAGAGCUAGUUUUUUUCUGAGUUCCCAGUUGUCUUGAACUCAGGUUUCCCAGUUUCCAGUUGUUUUGAGCGCGGCAGAAGUCAUGCUUGACAGCAUGGCCAAUGUUGAAUGUUUAUCCUUUUAAUCUUGGGAAAAGAGACCCUCAAACCCAGACUUGGGACCACACACCCACAUGUUGAAUAGCAGGCUAGAUUACCUUGAAAUGCUUGCAGUUAGCCACUGAUUCCUUCCAAACCACUCGUUGAAUUUGCGAUUUCCAACUGGUUGUGUAAUGUUUAUGUCCAAUGGCCGAUGAGCACCGAUACGUUUUAUCUAUAAUUUCUCUUCAUUAUUUAUCUUCAUAUGACAAGGAUUAAAAAGGAUUUGCCAGUAGAUUGUUGACUUGAUUCAUUAUGAUGACUGCUAGCUUGCUAGCUAAGAUGUUGAAAGUAUGGUGUUGACAUGAUCAGUCCAAUCAAAGCUACUGUAGAUAUAAUGUGAUUUGACGUCAUUUUAUCUGUGGCAAUGACCUUGAGCCUUCUUGGAUGGGCACUUCUAAUGUAACUCUAAGGCAGCACCAAAGGGGCUUGAAUCUUCGAGCUCUACCCUUAGAUUUGGCGGUGAAGUAGUUUCCCCAUGAGUGACAGAAGACUGAGCCAAUCACGGCGCAACUAGAGAACAUUACCAACCCCUAAACGCCAUAUUUUCCGCUGGCUGCCCCACCACCACAGAAAGCAUUUUGGAGCUGCCUUACUCAAGAAAGCAAAAAGGAGACCAAGUUUGUAUGCAGCUUUAUAUAUUUUUUUUUACAUUGUUUGCAAACUGAUAUGUGACACAUAUUAAUGUCAAAAUAACUGCCCCACCUGCCCUGAAUGAGGGGUCGCUACUGGAAUGACAUAAUGAAAAUCAGCAGCAGUGAUGUGGUCAUGUUUUAAACUCUGAUAUCUGAGUAAUGAUUUCAUUGACUGUAAUGACAGAGCUAAAAUAAAUCGAUGGGGAAGUUUUUCUACACGGAGAGAGGAGCGCAGCUCUCAUUCCUCAGAGGUAGACUCUCUUUGAAGCUCGGCGCGCACACCUCCUUUUGCACGCGCUCCACAUAACCUGCGGCAUUUCAAACAUCCCGAACCAAAGCAUUCUGAAAAUUCCCUGCCCGGGGAGCGAAAAGCCCUGUUCAAACAUCCUGCAGAGGACUCCGCAAACCAAAGCGUGUGUGUUUGUUCCUGUUGUAACGCAUGGUUAUGAGGACUGCCAUGCUAUGGGUGUUUACCUGCCUAGAAUAAACAUGUGUCUGUUUAUAGUUGAUGUCGUGACAAAUGUUUUCCCUUGUCAAAGUGUGACAUUUUAAUUAAGGGCAUGUGAUAUAUCUUUAAUCUAUUACUUACACAGGUAAACACGUCUACUGAACAGCAGACACAAUAGGGUAUACAAAAAUAAUAAUGAUUUAUUUAUAUAAUAAGUGUAGUAUUUGUAUUUUAGUGCCUCUAAAUAAGUGAUAAGCAAUAUCCUGUGUCUGCCUGGCUAUGUCAUAACAUGACACAGAGAGAGAGGAGCUCCGUUUAUAGCUGGUGCUAACGUGCGUCCUUUGUCCUGAUCUUGAUGCCCACAUUUUUAAACAGGUGUCGACAAUUAAAAGACGCAUGAUCCACUUGACCACCUCCGGAGGUAGUCAGGGACCCAUUAAUAUCUGGAUAUCAAUCAAGUGUAAACAGAUCUGGAUGGUCAAACCAUUUAAAAAAUCAUAAUGCAGGCCUCUACAAUCAUUGACAGGUAGGAGCAUUGACUUAUGACAUCAACAUUUGUCUUAAAUAUUGCAAGAUACACAUAUUAAUAGAAUGUGUAGAUGUAACAAACCUUGAUCAGAUAGUGAUUGGCCACAUUGAUCAGAUCACAAAACCCACAAGGUGUAUAAACGAGGCUAGAGAGAGAGAGAGAGAGAGAGACAUUGAUCAGAUCACAAAACCCACAAGGUGUAUAAACGAGGCUAGAGAGAGAGAGAGAGAGAGAGAGAGAGAGAGAGAGAGGCAGAGGCACCAGACCAGCCCCUCUAAAACGUGCGUCAGUGAAAGUGUUGAGUCCUGGGGCUCCAUCCCGCUCCAUACUUUCCAGUUAGGCUCCGUGUGAGCACGAGAAACUCUCCAACCGCAUACCACAGCAGUACUUCACUUGGGAAUUGGAAGAUCACACCAAACAGUCAUGUUGGAGAACGAGGUUUUUUCCUGUUUUGUUUUCUAUAGUGUUCUCCUGGUCAUCAAGAUGUACAUCAUAGCAAUCAUCACUGGACAAGUCAGGCUGCGUAAAAAGGUAAGAUACCUCCCAGUUAAGCUUUUAUUAGGCUCGUUCGGUAUUUGAUCUAUGAUUUGAAUACAUUGUAGUUACAAAAAUCAAGUACGGCGCUGUAUAAACGUUGGUCAGGGUAUUUGUAAAUUAUCUCUCUCUCUCGUGGGAAGGCUUUUGCGAACCCAGAGGAUGCGCAGAGACACGGCGGCGUCCAAUACUACAGAGAGGAUCCGGAUGUAGAACGGUGCCGAAGGUGAGAAGAGCGAUUACUGUUAUCAGAUGAUUUUGUAGCCCUAGGCUAUUGACAUUGUGGUAGCAAUAUAAAGUUCAACAGUAGUGGAGACCGGGUUGGUUGUCACACUUUUUACUCUUGUGUGUAUUUCUCAGCACCAGUAUCUUACAAUACUUGUGUCAAUAUUAUGAGAAAGACAAGGCCUUGGGUUGAAAUGUGGACUCUUUUUAUCCUCAUAUAAACCAUCAAACACACUCUGUCCACUUGUGACAACCAGCCCCAUCCUGGGUUAGAUAUCACACACAGUAUGGGGUUGGUUGUCACAAUGUUUGCUAGUAAGGUAUUCAUUUUUUAACAGGAAAUGAAGCAAUAUAGAAAACAGGGUCUUAGCAAUAUCCUUGCUUUAAUCGAACGAUAUUCCUAACAAAAUGCUGCAUUUUAUGCCUUGAGAAUAACAUGACAUUUUGAGUAAAUAUGUGUGUGUGAGAGAGGCAACGAAGGGAGCUCUUUAUAAUAUGUCAUUUAGCAGACGCUUUUAUCCAAAGCGACUUACAGUCAUGUGUGCAUACAUUUAUUUUGUGUAUGGGUGGUCCCGGGGAUCGAACCCACUACCUUGGCGUUACAAGCGCCGUGCUCUACCAGCUGAGCUACAGAUGACCACAAGCACAAAGAGCUGGGAUUUAUUGUAUACUGGCAGUGGCAAUGUUGAUAGUGACAACCAACCCCACAUUCCAUAUGACAACCAAACAUGUAAAUGGAGAAUUUUACCUUGAGCUGGUUGAAAUCUUUAGAGAUCAUUUGUGGCACUUUCAUUUUUCUUUCACAGACGUUUGUUAUCCAGCCUGGGGCUGUGGAUAUGGUUCAGUGUCUGUGUUGUUUUAACUAGAUAGGAAAUGAUCCAGGACAGCAGAAAAAACAUCUGUUUUUCUAGUGAACACUGAAAACUUUCCCCUCAUUUUUUCCCCUCACAUGAGGCCCUUUCUGACCCGACUCAUUGAAGAUGUAAAAUGUGUUGCGCUGAGCAGGCAUUCAUGCACUGAUGCGCAAUACAAUACAAUGGAAUGCUCCUUCACUGGUAACAAUUAGGUCCAAUUAAGAUUCUCCAAGAAUAGCAAGGUCAAUCUCCGCGCCCCCGUGGAAAUAUAAUUAGCAUUUUUUUUUAAUCCCCAUAAAAAUCCAUCAGUUUAAGCUAGAGAUACAUAUUUUUUUUGCAUUGGAUGCGUCUCAGUCCACCGCAUCCGCUUAUGUCGCACUUCCACAUCUGUGGUGAAAGGUGACAGAGCUAGAGCGCUGCUUGUCAGACCAUGAGACAUUCCAAAAAUCGGUCUUCUCACAAAAUCGUCUGUAGCAUCUGAACGGUUUGGCCUUCAAACUAUUAUGACCCCUCUAUGGAAAGAUGAGACUCUCAAUGAUGUUCUCCAUUUUGCUCUAUGACCUCCAGAAGUCUCAGGAGACUCGUCUGAAGUCAGUACAGCCGAUCUGCCAACUUCUGUCUGUAGCGUCCGAACCGUUGUGGCUACAUACACGCUAAUGUGACUCUGUGCAAAGGUGAGACUCUCACGAACAUGUACACUGUACAUGUCAGUUGUUUUGCUCCAAGAUGCCCACAGGCCUCACAAGACUUGUCUGAAGGUCCCCUAAAUGAAUGGCAGUAUAUACAGUGGGGGAAAAAAGUAUUUAGUCAGCCACCAAUUGUGCAAAUUCUCCCACUUAAAAAGAUGAAAGAGGCCUGUAAUUUUCAUCAUAGGUACACGUCAACUAUGACAGACAAAAUGAGGAAAAAAAAAUCCAGAAAAUCACAUUGUAGGAUUUUUAAUGAAUUUAUUUGCAAAUUAUGGUGGAAAAUAAGUAUUUGGUCAAUAACAAAAGUUUCUCAAUACUUUGUUAUAUACCCUUUGUUGGCAAUGACACAGGUCAAACGUUUUCUGUAAGUCUUCACAAGGUUUUCACACACUGUUGCUGGUAUUUUGGCCCAUUCCUCCAUGCAGAUCUCCUCUAGAGCAGUGAUGUUUUGGGGCUGUCGCUGGGCAACACGGACUUUCAACUCCCUCCAAAGAUUUUCUAUGGGGUUGAGAUCUGGAGACUGGCUAGGCCAGUCUUCUUACGAAGCCACUCCUUCGUUGCCCGGGCGGUGUGUUUGGGAUCAUUGUCAUGCUGAAAGACCCAGCCACGUUUCAUCUUCAAUGCCCUUGCUGAUGGAAGGAGGUUUUCACUCAAAAUCUCACGAUACAUGGCCCCAUUCAUUCUUUCCUUUACAUGGAUCAGUCGUCCUGGUCCCUUUGCAGAAAAACAGCCCCAAAGCAUGAUGUUUCCACCCCCAUGCUUCACAGUAGGUAUGGUGUUCUUUGGAUGCAACUCAGCAUUCUUUGUCCUCCAAACACGACAAGUUGAGUUUUUACCAAAAAGUUAUAUUUUGGUUUCAUCUGACCAUAUGACAUUCUCCCAAUCCUCUUCUGGAUCAUCCAAAUGCACUCUAGCAAACUUCAGACGGGCCUGGACAUGUACUGGCUUAAGCAGGGGGACACGUCUGGCACUGCAGGAUUUGAGUCCCUGGCGGCGUAGUGUGUUACUGAUGGUAGGCUUUGUUACUUUGGUCCCAGCUCUCUGCAGGUCAUUCACUAGGUCCCCCUGUGUGAUUCUGGGAUUUUUGCUCACCGUUCUUGUGAUCAUUUUGACCCCACGGGGUGAGAUCUUGCGUGGAGCCCCAGAUCGAGGGAGAUUAUCAGUGGUCUUGUAUGUCUUCCAUUUCCUAAUAAUUGCUCCCACAGUUGAUUUCUUCAAACCAAGGUGCUUACCUAUUGCAGAUUCAGUCUUCCCAGCCUGGUGCAGGUCUACAAUUUUGUUUCUGGUGUCCUUUGACAGCUCUUUGGUCUUGGCCAUAGUGGAGUUUGGAGUGUGACUGUUUGAGGUUGUGGACAGGUGUCUUUUAUACUGAUAACAAGUUCAAACAGGUGCCAUUAAUACAGGUAACGAGUGGAGGACAGAGGAGCCUCUUAAAGAAGAAGUUACAGGUCUGUGAGAGCCAGAAAUCUUGCUUGUUUGUAGGUGACCAAAUACUUAUUUUCCACCAUAAUUUGCAAAUAAAUUCAUAAAAAAUCCUACAAUGGAUUUUUUCUUUCUCAAUUUGUCUGUCAUAGUUGACGUGUACCUAUGAUGAAAAUUACAGGCUUCUCUCAUCCUUUUAAGUGGGAGAACUUGCACAAUUGGUGGCUGACUAAAUACUUUUUCCCCCCACUGUAUGGAGACUUUUUAAUGGCAAAAAUAUGGGGUUAAAUACAUAUAAUCAAUGUUUCCUGAUCUUUAUUAUAUAUCUCAGAUAUAGGACAGACACUUCAGAACAAACUUCCUUUUGAUAUUUUUGGGGGACUAUCUGUUGUUCUAUGUAGUGAAUCUGUUAUUCAAUGCGUUUGUAUGGGCUAAUAGCAGGAAGACCCACAUUUUUUUCUUCAUCAAAUAAUGUUUUAAUAUUAUUACUUUUUAUGCUUGAAGGGGUCUUGAAAUUAAAAAUCAAAUAGCUAAAUGAUCCUUGGUAUGACCUUCUUAAAACAAUUCCAUAUAGCUUAGUAUAAUUAUUGAUCUGUUUACUGUAACGUGGACAGAUUUUGGGCUGAGUAAACCGUCUUGCUUCGCCUUUCCCUCUCUGGUCUCAGUCUGUACUCCAAUCAAUCUUAAACUCCUAACAACUCUGCCAAAAUAAUCAAACACUCAAGGGUCUAUUCUGUUUAGAUUACACCAUGGGAGUUUUCCAUGUCUUGAUGUUGAUUGGUUGGAGUGGUACUUGAAUUCAACAAAGCAAGAUGAAUAACACACUGCAAAUCUGAUUUAAUUGGAAUGUCUGAAUGGCUUCUGAAGAAAAUUCAUACUAUUGAGUAACUACAACUGUUUUUCCCUUUUUAAGGAUAAUUGAUAAUCCAUGGUCUGGGUUUUACGACUGACUCAGAUAGCUGCUGGAAAAGCCCAUGCAUAAAUUGUGACAUUCUAUUGGUCCAUUUAGAGACAGAGACUGGAAUCCCUGAGAGGAAUUUUCUCUUGAGUGAAUGUCAGAAGAGAGGAAGUGAUUCAUUUUUAGAAAGAGACCUGAAUAAGCAGGUACUCCCAGACUUUUGUAAUGGAGGGUUUCCACGCUCAACCUACUUGUGUGUAUGUGUGUAUGUGUGUGUGUAUGUGUGUGUAUGUGUGUGUAUGUGUGUGUAUGUGUGUGUGUGUGUGUGUGUAUGUGUAUAUGUGUAUGUGUAUGUGUAUAUGUGUAUGUGUAUAUGUAUGUACAGUUGAAGUCUAAAGUUUACAUACACUUAAAUUGGAGUCAUUAAAACUCGUUUGUCAACCACUCCACAAAUUUCUUUUUAAGAAACUAUCGUUUUGGCAAGUCGGUUAGGACAUCUACUUUGUGCAUGACACAAGUAAUUUUUCCAACAAUUGUUUACAGACAGAUUAUUUCACUUAUAAUUCACUGUAUCACAAUUCCAGUGGGUCAGAAGUUUACAUGCACUAAGUUGACUGUGCCUUUAAACAGCUUGGUAAAUUCCAGAAAAUGAUUUCAUGGCUUUAGAAGCUUCUAAUAGGCUAAUUGACAUCAUUUGAGUCAAUUGGAGGUGUACCUGUGGAUGUAUUUCAAGGCAUACCUUCAAACUCAGUGCCUCUUUGCUUGACAUCAUGGGAAAAUCAAAAGACAGCAUCAAUCCCAGAACAACAGCAAAGGACCUUUUGAAGAUGCUGGAGGAAACAGGUACAAAAGUAUCUAUAUCCACAGUAAAACAAGUCCUAUAUCGACAUAACCUGAAAAGCCGCUCAGCAAGGAAGAAGCCACUGCUCCAAAACCGCCAUAAAAAAAUCCAGACUACAGUUUUGCAACUGCACAUGGGGACAAAGAUAGUACUUUCUGGAGAAAUGUCCUCUGGUCUGAUGAAACAAAAACAGAACUGUUUGGCCAUAAUGACCAUCGUUAUGUUUGGAGGAAAAAGGGGGGACUUGCAAGCCGAAGCACACCAUCCCAACCGUGAAGGACGGGGGUGGCAGCAUCAUGCUGUGGGGGUGCUUUGCUGCAGGAGAGACUUGUGCACUUCACAAAAUAGAUGGUAUCAUGAGGAAGGAAAAUUAUGCGGAUAUAUUGAAGCAACAUAUCAAGACAUCAGUCAGGAAGUUAAAGCUUGGUCGCAAAUGGGUCUUCCAAAUGGACAAUGACCCCAAGCAUACUUCCAAAGAUGUGGCGAAAUGGCUUAAGGACAACAAAGUCAAGGUAUUUGAGUGGCCAUCACAAAGCCCUGACCUCAAUCCUAUAGAACAUUUGUGUGCAGAACUGAAAAAGCGUGUGCAAGCAAGGAGGCCUACAAACCUGACUCAGUUACACCAGCUCUGUCAGGAGGAAUGGGCCAAAAUUCACCCAACUUAUUGUGGGAAGCUUGUGGAAGGCUGCCCGAAACGUUUGACCCAAGUUCAACAAUAUAAAGGUAAUGCUACCAAAUACUAAUUGAGUGUAUGUAAACUUCUGACCCACUGGGAAUAUGAUGAAAGAAAUAAAAGCUGAAAUAAAUCAUUCUCUCUACUAUUAUUCUGACAUUUCACAUUCUUAAAAUAAAGUCUAACUGACCUAAAACAGGGAAUUUUUACUAGGAUUAAAUGUCAGGAAUUGUGAAAAACUGAGUUUACAGUGAGGGAAAAAAGUAUUUGAUCCCCUGCUGAUUUUGUACGUUUGCCCACUGACAAAGACAUGAUCAUAUAAUUUGAAUGGUAGGUUUAUUUGGACAGUGAGAGACAGAAUAACAACAAAAUAAUCCAGAAAAACGCAUGUCAAAAAUGUUAUAAAUUGAUUUGCAUUUUAAUGAGGGAAAUAAGUAUUUGACCCCCUCUCAAUCAGAAAGAUUUCUGGCUCCUAGGUGUCUUUUAUACAGGUAACGAGCUGAGAUUAGGAGCACACUCUUAAAGGGAGUGCUCCUAAUCUCAGCUUGUUACCUGUAUAAAAAAACACCUGUCCACAGAAGCAAUCAAUCAAUCAGAUUCCAAACUCUCCACCAUGGCCAAGACCAAAGAGCUCUCCAAGGAUGUCAGGGACAAGAUUGUAGACCUACACAAGGCUGGAAUGGGCUACAAGACCAUCGCCAAGCAGCUUGGUGAGAAGGUGACAACAGUUGGUGCAAUUAUUCGCAAAUGGAAGAAACACAAAAGAACUGUCAAUCUCCCUCGGCCUGGGGCUCCAUGCAAGUUCUCACCUCGUGGAGUUGCAAUGAUCAUGAGAACGGUGAGGAAUCAGCCCAGAACUACACGGGAGGUUCUUGUCAAUGAUCUCAAGGCAGCUGGGACCAUAGUCACCAAGAGAACAAUUGGUAACACAAUACGCCGUGAAGGACUGAAAUCCUGCAGCGCCCGCAAGGUCCCCCUGCUCAAGAAAGCACAUAUACAGGCCCAUCUGAAGUUUGCCAAUGAACAUCUGAAGUAUUCAGAGGAGAACUGGGUGAAAGUGUUGUGGUCAGAUGAGACCAAAAUCGAGCUCUUUGCCAUCAACUCAACUCGCCGUGUUUGGAGGAGGAGGAAUGCUGCCUAUGACCACAAGAACACCAUUCCCACCGUCAAACAUGGAGGUGGAAACAUUAUGCUUUGGGGGUGUUUUUCUGCUAAGGGGACAGGACAACUUCACCGCAUCAAACGGACGAUGGACGGGGUCAUGUAAAGUCAAAUCUUGGGUGAGAACCUCCUUCCCUCAGCUAGGGCAUUGAAAAUGGGUCUUGGACGGGUAUUCCAGCAUGACAAUGACCCAAAACACAUGGCCAAGGCAA